AUGAAUUCCCUACGGGACAUCCUGCACCUGAAUCGGGAGUCUGUUCCUGCAAUCGUCAAGUACCUUGAAGCCACUGUAGCCGAGCAACAGAGUCAGACGUUGACCGAAGACGAACGAGACAAUCUCUCAUACCAACACUGGGACAAUGAUGAGCCUGAGGAACCGUACAUGGCCUACGAAAAGGGCAUGCUUCAUCCUGUCCAACUUGGCGACCAACUUGGAGAUGGAAAGUACACUAUUAUAGCCAAACUUGGAAACGGCUCCUUCUCAACAGUAUGGCUUGCACACAACGCCAAGACAGGGAAGAAGGUUGCUGUGAAGAUCUGUGUCCCAAAAAGGGAAGACUUACCAGCUGGGAAUGAGAUAGAUCUCCACGGAGGGAAUGUAAUGCUGGCUAUGGCGGCCGGCGAGCUUGCUUCCCUGACUGUGGAAGAAAUCUUUACGAAGUACGGGAAACCCACUGUCUUACCGAUUGACCUUUGUGUGGAGUCUACCGACUUUCACGAAAGGCAUCCUUUGCCAAAGAACGCGCCCCCAUACAUGCUGUGGAAGAUGCUUCUCACGCGGGACUGUGAUGACCUAGAGCUGUCGGAAGCGCGGGCACAGAUCAAGGAUUUCGGAGAAUCAUGGCAACCGGAGCUAGUAACGCGGUACGAACUCAACACGCCCGAGGCGUAUCGGGCCCCCGAAUCGAUGAUCGCCAAGAAGCUGCAAUUGCCCAUCAGCUAUCCUGCUGAUGUCUGGGCACUGGGAUGCUUCAUCUUCGAGCUUUACGGCAGGAUGGACAUCUUCGGGACAUACUUUCCUGGUUACGAUGGUGUCUUUGCCACAAUGGUCCAUUGUAUGGGCAAACCCCCGGCAUCGUGGUGGGACGCCUGGGAAAAUCGCGACAAGCACAUUGACGAUAAUUGCAACUACGUCAGGAAGGGCAAGCCGGCUCCGCCACCUGCGGAGCCGGAUACAAUCAAAGGACGAGUGCUGAAGCGGAUCCCCGACCACCGAGCCAUGGAAAGGUGCCCCGAAGAGAAGAAUUUUGUGCCUGAGGAGGAGCUACAGGACCUGGCAGCGAUGUUGAUGCGGAUCUUCCGCUGGGAACCCGAAGACAGGGUGACAGCAGAAGAGCUAAUGAGCGACCCAUGGAUGCAGAAAUGGGGCAUUCCGGCGAAGGAAGCCAUGGAGGUGGCUUACGAGAAGAGGCGCAAGGAGCACGAGAAGCCCCCGUUCUCGUCGAAGUCGGUGGCCGUUGGUUUAGCGGUUGGCGCUUUUAACAGACUGGCCUACAUUCUGUCUCUGUUGUCUCCAACUUCUUGGUGGCGCAAUCUGAAGUGGGCUUUGGGGGCGUGA